AUGGCAGCCGAGGGCCCCCAACUAACCCCCGUCGGGGAGAAGUCCCUACCGGCAAAAUGCAAGGCGCAGGCCGUGACGUAUUGUCCCACGAUGGACCUGAUAGCACUGGCGACCGAGGAUGAAGAACUGCGCGUAUUCCGACUUAAUGGGCAGCGAGUGUUCGGGGGUUCUUUUGGUGGAGAUCCGUACCUAGGCGAGGAUGAGGAGGAUGGCGAGAUUAGAGGGAUGGCGUGGAAGGGGAAUGGUCGUCUACUCGCUGUCGCGUGCGGAGAUGGCUCGCUUCGCAUUAUCAGUUCGUACACCGGGAAAACGGUGCACAACUACCAGACCUAUCAGCAAAAAGAGGAAAACUCCAAUCCCACUGAUAAACCCAUACCCAAGGCAACGUGCGUUGGGUGGGGUGUCAAUUUCACCGAUAGCAAGGCCGCACAGCGGCAUUUGCAUGAAUCCGCGGGCCAGAUAUCCAUCGAGGAUCUUUUAGCCCCGGGAGUGUAUCCAUCCAAGGCAGCUACCAUGCUUACAGCAGAUUUACCUCGGGAACUUGCCUUGUUGGAUAUUGAGAGCUCGCUACCAAAGCUGAGCACCCUGCCUGCAACAGGAGGCGAGGACGAUGUCUUUAGCUCGCGGGCAUCCCUUGAUGCCAUCUUCCACUCUUCGAAGGAUACCAACGACUCGGUUGAUGUGCUCUCUGUCGGAUUCAAUGAUGGUACUGUUCACCUGCGCAUCUUUGAUUGCUUUGAGAUUGGCUCUUUCCCUGUGGGAAGCUCCCCAGGUAUCUCCGACUCGUGCCGGAUCUUGCGGCAUGCUUCACACCCCUUGAGCUCUACACAUGCUAUACUGGCAUCACCGGCCGAGGGAGAUACUCGUGGUCCACUCGAGCUUAUUACGAUGGAUCUUCGCUUUAUUACGAAGUCUGGGCGAUAUCUGUCUCUUCUUGCGUCAAAGACUACUCAGCUUCAGAAUUUGCUGCGCUAUAUUGGUCAAGUGCAGCGGCAGAUUGAACUUGAGUGGAAGAACGCUCAGGAGCUUCCUGCGCGGUUCUUGCGCAGUGUCAAUGAGGACUUGAAGGAAAAAUGCCAGUGUGAUUUUAUCACUGCUAUCUAUCACCUGGUGGUUACUGGUCAUUGCUUCGAGCCCAUGAAAGAGUUCCUCACGGAUAUUGUUGGCGAAAGAGGCCACAAGAGAUGGGAUAAGGCCGUCUCGGGCGGCUACGAGAAUAUCCGGCGACUGACACACGAAUGUCUCCUCCCAGCCUUGGAACGCAGUCAGGUACUUCUCGGUCGAUUGGUUGGAUUGUCUAAAUUCCACAAGCUAAGUGACGUCCUUGGGCUGGACACGGCCAAGCUCAAUGCCAUCGUGGAGACACUUGAUUGUCUUCAUCUCCUUGCGCACCGCGUUCUCUUGCAUACCAACGAGGAAUUGCAGCAAUUCGGCGCUUUCUCUAGAUGGCUCCGUCAAGAAAUCUAUGUUCUCAACAGCGAGCCCUUGUCGCAGACACUGGAAGAGCUGCAGGAGAAGAGAGAUUUGUUCGAUGUCCCUCCUACUGUGAAGUAUAUCAAAGGCGCACUGACCAAGAGUGCUCUACGGAACUUUAUACGGCAACUCCCUAUGAUCGGAGUUGUUCAGCGCCCCGCCCCUCCCACUGAUAAAUGGCUUCCAGACGGCCAUGACCGCUCGUUCUUCGACACUUACAAAUCACUUCUUCGACAGCAACGCGAGUCUCGAGACAAGGGUAGUGAUGGUACAUCAGUUGAGACGCCUAAACUCAAUGACUUGACGAGGCGUCUAGGCAUCCAGUUUGAGAAGGUUUUUGGAGAUAUUGCCUUGACUCAGCGCAGAGGAAUUCUCCAUCGCUCGCCUUUGACGCUUCACUCUGAUUGCGACCAAGACGUUAUCGAUUUGACUUUCUGUUAUGAGGAUGCCAUUGAAGGCCAGCCUUGCUCGAUAUACGUCGCUACCCGAUCAGUCACAUCAAAACAUCAAGUCUAUCUCUACCGUGUCAUCCUCAACUCAGCUGGCGGCGUCAGCUCAACAAGAAGCACAUCCCUUGCAACCAUCGACCUCCAAAACGGCGAAGUCCGCCAACUCCAAUUCGUCAACGACAACACACUCAUGGUUCUCUGGCGCGACAGCAAGGGAUCCUCCCGUCUCCUCAACUUCCCCUUCCAGCCCACCUCAACGCAAUCUCAAAGCGAGACAACCGACCCACCACCUUUGGUCGUUGACUACAUCGAGUGCGACAGCACGCCAUCCACUCCCAAGCCUACUGCAUUGGCUACGACACUAGAUCUCUCGCCUGAAUCCCCUCACGUGGGUGUCCUGAUACAUCUCUUUGCUUUACAUGGCCCUAAGGCGCGGCCUAUACAUGUUGAUGUUAAUGGACGGAAGGGACGGCGCGCUAUCUGUGUUUUGUAUGCGGAUGCUAUGCGAUAUGAGGUUUUGGACUUGGAUGCUGCGAUGGGAGAUGAUGAGGAAGAUGAUGAAGAUUAUCAAGAAGGGGAUGAGGAGGAUGAAGAAGAAGAAGAUGAUGAUGAUGGUGAUGACGAGGAAGUCUUCGAUAGCGAUGAAGAGAAUAAUGAGAAUUAG